AUGCAAGGGUAUUUUCCAAUAAGCCAACCUGUUCUUCCAUCAGGCUGGCAGAUGGCCUACACCGCGACCGGUCAACCAUAUUACAUGGAUCAUAACACAAAGACCACGCACUGGACUCUCCCGGAGACUGUCAGCUAUUCCUUUGGGGGCUACUAUAACCCGGUGAUGGUAGCGGGCAGCGGCAGCGGCAGCGGCGGAGGCAGCGGUGGCGCCCGCGGUGGUCGCGGUGUUCGUGGUCGCGGUGGUCGUGGCGGCAUCGAUCAGGGGAAGCGCAAGACGAAGAUGUGCAUAUAUUGGGAAAAGAAUGGUGAAUGCAAUUGGGGUGACCGCUGCGCCUUUGCACAUGGCCAGGGGGAGCUUCGUGGGACGGCAAACUCCGCGAGUUCCCAGCCACAACAGUCCCUGCAGGAGGGGGGAGACCAAUCGGCGCCGUAG